AGCACGGUUAAGGAGCGAAUCUGCAGGGACGUGCCUUCUCCGUGGAUCGUACAGAUCGAAACGCCAGAUUAGCAAAUUUUGACUAAACGUCGGCACCAAACACCACUACUUCAGAGCGGUAGCCAGUAGAAAAAGCACACUGCACAUGCCAAGCGAUCGAAUCGGAUGCCGGCCGGCGGCGAAGAGAGAAUUUGAUAAUGAGCUAGUCCCCGGGCGGUGCUCAGGUCUUGCGCUCUUGAAAGGCGAGUGUCGGUCGGUUCGCAGAAAAUCGGAGGAAUUAGCUAGCUAGCUAGGUGAUCAUGGCGCAAAAGGAUGCCGGCGUAGCGGCGGCGAGCGGCGGCCGCAAGGGCAAGCCGCACGCGGUGGUGGUGGUGUACCCGAUGCAGGGCCACAUCAUCCCCGAGACGCACCUCGCGCUGCGGCUGGCGGCGCGGGGCUUCGCCGUGACGGUGGUCACCACGGAGGCCGUGCACGACCAGACGGCGCGCGCGCUCGGCGUCGACCCGGCCGGGCACGACGCCUUCGCCGGCGCGCGCUCGGCGGGGAUGGACGUGCGCUGCGAGCUCGUCAGCGACGGCCUCCCCUUGGGGUUCGACCGGUCGCUGCACCACGACGAGUUCCACGGCUCGCUGCUCCACGCGCUCUCCGGCCACGUCGAGGAGCUGCUCGGCCGCGUCGUCGUCGACCCGGCCGCCACGUGCCUCGUCGCCGACACCUUCUUCUCGUGGCCGGCGACCCUGGCCAGGAAGCUCGGCAUCCCGUACGUGUCCUUCUGGACGGAGGCCGCGCUCAUCUUCAACCUCUACUACCACGUCCACCUGCUCACCGAAAACGGCCACUUCGGAUGCAACGAGCCACGGAAGGACACGAUCACGUACAUCCCGGGCGUGCCGGCGAUCGAGCCGCACGAGCUCAUGUCGUACCUCCAGGAGACGGACGCCACCAGCGUGGUGCACCGCAUCAUCUUCAAGGCGUUCGAGCAGGCGCGCGGCGCCGACUACGUCCUCUGCAACACCGUGGAGGAGCUGGAGCCGUCCACCAUCGCCGCGCUCCGCGCCGAGAAGCCCUUCUACGCCGUGGGCCCCAUCCUCCCCGCCGGCUUCGCCCGCAGCGCCGUCGCCACCUCCAUGUGGGCCGAGUCCGACUGCUCCCACUGGCUGGACGCGCAGCCGCCGGGGUCCGUGCUCUACAUCUCCUUCGGUAGCUACGCGCACGUCACCAAGCAGGAGCUGCGCGAGAUCGCCGGGGGAGUCCUGGCCAGCGGCGCGAGGUUCCUGUGGGUGAUGCGGCCGGGCAUCGUGAGCUCCGACGACCCGGACCCGCUGCCCGAGGGGUUCGCGGCGGCGUCCGCCGGGCGUGGGCUGGUGGUGCCGUGGUGCUGCCAGGUGGAGGUGCUCUCCCACGCCGCGGUGGGUGGAUUCCUGACGCACUGCGGGUGGAACUCUGUGCUGGAGAGCGUGUGGGCGGGAGUGCCCAUGCUGUGCUUCCCUCUGCUCACCGAUCAGAUCACCAACCGGCGACUCGUCGUGCGGGAGUGGCGCGUCGGCGUGACCAUCGGGGAUCGUGGCGCUGUGUUUGCCGACGAGGUGAAGGCGAGGAUCGAGCGCGUGAUGUCCGGAAAAGAGGGGAAGGACCUCGGGGAGGCGGUGAAGAAGGUGAGGGCGACCCUUGAGGCCGCGGCGGCGCACGGCGGGUCAUCGCAGCGGAGCUUCGAUGAGUUCGUCGACGAGCUAACGCGGCGUUGCGGCGGAUGUUAAGCUGCGCCGACCGAUCGGCCUGAAGCGCUGCCACCCGCCGUUGGAGAACGAAUCUAGUUCAAUUUAUAUUGUGGUCUAUGUAUAAUUGUUCACGAAACUUGGACGUGCCCACAUACAAUGCUGAGAUGUGCGCGUUAAAUUUGUGUUCGAUUUUUUUUUACAUUUUGAAAUAUUUUUUUUGAUGGCAAGAGCAUAUGCUUCCAUAUGCUAAAGUGAAUUUCCGAGUGGCGUUUUGGCACCUGGGAGCAUAUGCUCCUGGAUUUUAAAAUGUGUUUUAAACAUAUUUUAGAAUGUCAUAAAAUUCUGACAAAAUGAUUCUCGCAUACAUUUCAAUAUUUUAUGUGCAUACAAACUUGUUUCGUGGAAAACCGACAACUUUUAUAUCAUAUGCAAAAGGGACAAAAUUUAGUGUUUAAAAAGGCUUUUCACGACACAUCUUUUUUUGUCUUUUUUAUACAAUGCGUAUAAAAUGUCUGUUUUUCAUGAAACUUGGCGUGCGCACAUACAGUGAUGAGAUGUGCACGCCAAAUUUGUGUUCGGAUUUUUUUUGACAUUUUGAAAUACAGUAUAUUUUUCGAUGGCAGGAGCAUAUGCUCCCAUGUGCCAAAGUGAUUUUAUGAAUUUUAUGACAUUUCAAAAUUGUUUAAAACCCAGGAGCAUAUGCUUUCAUGUGCCAAAACGCCACUCUCUCUUUGUACUUUGUGGUGUGUAUUGUGUAGUACUUAAUAGCCAUCAAAAGUCAGUUUUUUCUGUCUAUAUGAAACGCAUAACCUUGCCCAGCAAGGCUAGAUUAGCUCUUGCCUUAGACCCACACACGCCCUCUAUAACACGUUAUCAACACGAUGCUCUCAAGACCGUCACGAAGUGCAAUUACAUCAUCAAAGAACAUUUUAUUCACCACAUCUAUUUCAAAUGAUAAGAUGCUAUUUUGAUCAUUUUUUAAUUUACUAGUUAAUUGUCCGUGCAUUGCAACGGGGCAUACAUAUUACUCCAUCCGUUCCUAAAUAUAAGGUGUAUUAUUUUUUCAAAAAGUAAAACUUCUCUAACUUUGACCAAUUUUUUAGACAAAAAUAUCAAUGUCUAGAACCAAAUCAUUGUCACUAGAUUCACCAUGAAAUAUAUUUUUAUAUUUUACAUAUUCAGUAUUGUAAAUAUCUAUAGAUUUUGCUAUAAAGUUGGUCAAACAUAGACAAUGUUUGACUUUUUGAAAAACUAAUACAACUUAUAUUAAGGAACGGAGGGAGCAUAACAUAUUAUAUUAGUCCUCCCUCUGUUCCUUUAUAUGAGGUGUGUUUGUUUUCCGAUAAAAUUUCACAAUGUAAGGUGCAUUUCUUCUAAUUAACCCUUCAGAAAAAGCAAAGUAUCUCUCAUCUGAUUGCAUGAAUAUCUUCUUGUAGAGAAAAAAAGAAAAGUAUCUUUAUCCCGAUUGCGUGCAUCUCUUCCUUCCUAGGCUAAAUGAUUUAUUUGCCGAUAAUCAACUAAUUGACCAAGUGUAAUUUCGUCAUUGAUUAUCUAUAAUUAUGUUCCUUGAUCGCCAUGCCGAAAAUAAUACACCUUACAUAAAGAAAUGGAGGUAGUACCUUUACACCCACCAUAUUCUAGAUUUUGGUAAUAUUUGAUUUGAUUUGAGUAUGGCUAGGGGAAUACAAGAAAAGCCUUGAUUUAGUUUAGGUUUUGGUAAGAUUUGAUUUAAUUUGGGUAUGGGCAGGGAAGUCGAUGAAAGAUUUAUCUAAGGUUUGAGGCUUCAGUAAGAUUUGUUUUUAUUUGACUGAGUUAA